UCCCCCUCUCUUUUCUUACUACUCUUUCCAACAUCUGUCUCGUUGUCGGCUUUCCAGACAAAUGAUUGGCAUUUUCCGUAGUCAUGCGGUGGGAGGCCCUUUCCUGUCAGCUUUCCGCGCAGCCCCACAACAUUUUCUUUGUUCGAAGUUUUUUCGUGGCCUUUUCUUGGCAAAUUAAGGUACUUGCGGACUGCAUCUAAAGUUGAAUCUGCGAACUGGCUUCUUCAUACAGAGCGGACUUGGAUUUCACCGUCUGCUGAGAAUUUCCAAGGCAUUUGAGUGCCGCGCGGUAGUGGUCUCCAUUGUCUCUCAUAGCAAUCGUACUCGACAUCCGCGUUCUCCAUUCUUACCUGUUUUGUCCAGGAGUUUUACUUGAGCUGUCGCUGCUCCGAUAGUUCCAAUUUUUUGGGGGUCGACUGGCGUGGUUGAGACUGAGCUGUCACUUUCCCUUCAACCCGGUAACUCUUUUGCAACUUGACGCGUUUGCGUAUCACCUCCAGCUCUUCUGCUCUCCAGAGGUUUCCUUGUUCUGGUCCUCCUUUUUCCGUUCCUUGACUUCCCUUUUGGCAUUUUUCUCGUCCCCUUUUCAGCUCUGCUUCCUGUCUGCCAUCUUUUGUCCUCGGCCCUCUCACAUCGCUGACGCGAUGGUCUCCGAGCUGCAGCGCCAGCUGGCGCUGCAUCGGCAGACCCGCGGUGUAGGGUCUUCGUCGACUGCUUCGUGCUCGUCCGCUCGCCGUCAGCAUGCAGCUCCUUCUCUUCUGUUUGAUCCGCGGAAGGCGGCCUCGAUUGAUAUUGAGACCCUGCGCGAUGUCGCCCUCACCUCUCUUCAGUCCCUCAGUCGCCGAGAGCCGCUGGUGGAAGUUUUGGAGCCGUUCUUCGCUCUUUCCGCCAGUAGGCAGGGCAAGAACUCUCCCCAGUCGCGUGACUUCAUGACAGAGGACCAGUCACGGGUCCUCGAUCGGCGUGUGUCUAUCUGCUGCGACCUUCUGGGUCCGUUCUUCCUGCUGCAGGACGCCCAGUAUCUUCUCGAGUAUCUUCUGCGUCAAUAUGCAAUUCACCAGCACAACCAAGACGCGCUUCUCGCUCUCGCCCUGCCAUACCACAACUCUCCGGUCUUUGUCCGCCUCGUCCGACUCAUGACGCUUCCGCCGAACUCGCCGUGGAUCUUUUUGGAACGCAUGCGGGCCUCAGGCGCGCCUCUGCAGCGCAGAGACCUCGUCAAGGUCGUUCUCUCGUCCCCCUUCCUUCUCCAGUUCCUUGUCGACACUGUCGCUCGGGUCUCGGCUCCUCUGUCGGCGGCGCGGCUGAAGGAGGCAAGUCUCUCGCCCCUGCCGUCCCAUCUCCAGGACGGGAGAGCGGGGAACGACGAGAUUCUCCUCAUGCCGACUUCUCGUCUGCCUGCGCAAAACACACCUCUCCUGUCUUUCUUUACUCUGCUUGUCUCCGAAUCGAUCGUCGCCGCGCCUUCUCUCGCUGCGGUGCGGACGCUCACACCCUGUCUGCUGCCCUUCCUCUUGUCGACGCUGCACCCGACUUCAGCUGUACGUACGCCUGAGCUUCAUGCGGCGGGCCUGGCAAUUCUGGCACAAAUUGCAAUGCGCGCACCGCUGGAUCCCGCCAUUUUGGUGGCGGCAAUGCAGCAGUUGAGUCAAACGCUUGUGCUUUCCGCGGCAGACGACGGUCUGCCGCAGCUUCCCGCUUCGAAGGAAAACGAAAUCUUCUCUCUUCUGGUUCUGAUUGCGGACAAACAAAGUCUCGCUCUGCAAGGCACUCUGCCGUGUGCAGUCACUCGGCGCCUGACCAAGUGGACGCGCCUGGCGGCGGCAACGGAGGAGCUUCUGUCGGAUCGCCAGCUGGAUUGCGCCCCGUUUCUGCGGGCGUUCUUCAAGUCGCUUCUUUCCUUCUUUUUGUCUUCGUCUCCUGGCUCUGCGGCGUCGUUUUCUCCCCUGCAACAGCGGCUUCUGGCGUCGGCAGAGGCGCUCUGUGGCGCAUGCGUUGCGGCGCCCGCAAGCCGCUCUCGCCUCGGGCCUGAUUCGCCCUGCUCGCCUUCGCUCGCUCAGAUGGAGGCUUCUCCCUCUCUCAUCGUCAUUGGCCUCACGCUCUUCGACAGCUUCCGGCGCGCAGGGCAACAUGCGCUGCAAGUUGCCAGUGAGCGCGGAGGGGGCAAGAAGAGAGAAGAAGGCGAUAGUGCCGCCGCCUCCGAUCUGCCCUCGCUGAGCUCCUGUGUGGAGGAGGAGCAUCCGCUUUUUUUCGCGGCCCUCAGUCGCCUGCUCCUCCAGAUCGACGCCGCGAACCCGCUGAGUCUGCCUAAAGCUCUCACGUUCUUUUCCCGCGCAACGGAACAGGAGAGACACACAGAGAAGCCUGGAGCAGACAGCGCCAACUCGAGCUGCGAAGAUCUGGUUUUGCUGCUCUCCCGCGUCUUCGACGGCCUGCCGUCGGUCGGGUGUCCCCUGUACAGCGCAGAGAGGUUUGGACAAGAGAGCGAAGAAGAGCGCCUUGCGCGCGGCCGAGACGGGGGUCCGGGAGUGAAAGGCUUGUCUCUCUUCAGCGCGUUGAUGGCCAGUGAAGUGGAGUUGCGGCGGGAAGGCAUCCGCGCUGCCCUGGCUUGCUUUCAGCGCUCGAAACACCCAGCACAACGCGAGAAGUCGGAAGAAAAGGAAACAAGAGGCACCUUUCUUGUUGAACUGCUCCUCGAUCGUCUACAAGACGAAGAACCUUCCCUCGUCGUUGAGGCCGCUCGAGGCACGGUGACGGUCUGCCGCGUCCUCUCGCCUUUCGUCUGUCUCCACCGAGCGACGUCUGUGUUGCUCAUGGACCUCUCUUCCCUUCUGCCGUCACCUCUCGCAGCCUCAGGGCGCCUCUCGGCUCCCGCGUUCUUCUCCGGCGGCGUCUCGGCGAAGGGUGCUGAGACCAGCAGAGCCUCGCAGUGUCUCGUCGCGUCGGUGCUUCUCGUCCCUCGCCUCAGAGUCGUGGUGCCUGCUCUUCUGCACGCUGCUGCCCAGAUGCUGGAGCAAGCAGCGGAAGACUCAUCGCAGGCUGAAGAAGAAACGGACGACGGAGAGAAGUUCGCUGGGGAGGCCUUGACUUCCCACCUUCUCCCUCUCGCGCUGGCUCUCGCGUGGGGGACAAGCAGACCGGACGAGAAGGACGAAGAAGUGAAAAGCGAGGACGAAGAAGAGAACUCCAGUGCGCUCCGCAAAAAUAAGCGGAAAGCGUUCGAGGAACUGCAUGCAGCUUCGCUCGCCGUUCUGAACGCGGUGCACAAGAGACGUGAAGGAGAAGGGAAAGGAGAGAACGUGGAGCAGUUGGAAGUGUCAACCACUCAAGGAAGACUCGCGUCGUCCACGGCGUUCCACGCUCUGGUCCGCCAGGUGCUGCUGCCUUUGUCGUCUCCGCUGGUGACUUCAACGACUUCCCUGCGGCGCAUGCAACCUUCGCUGGUGGUCGACGCGUUUCUCGACCGCGGGACGCGCCUGAAAACUGAGAGGCGCGAGGCGAACGCGAGCGCGACCAGCGCCACGUGUCUGUACACCGCAGCGGCGCUUUUGGAGAUUUCGGGGGCGACUGUUGUCGACGCCUUGUCGCCGUCGUCUGACGUCCCCGUCUGGCUGUUUCAUUUGCUGCACCUCUGCGAGUUUCUGCAAGGACUCCUAGCGACGUCUGCCGCCGAGAAGACGGACUCGGACUUUCAUUCUGAGAAGCAGGGCGCGAAGAAGACGCGCCCCUCUGCAGCUCCUUCGGCUGUCUCUUCUCUCUCGGAUCCCCACUCGCCUGCUCUCUCCUUCCCCCGAGAAGCUCGCAGUGCUGUGAAGGCCGUGGCAGCUGGCGUCGCCUCUUUUCUUUUGUCUCGCGUUCCAAAGGGUGGAGCUGGAGCGACUGCCGAGAAGACCAAGAAACAACGAAGCCACAGGGCUUCAGGAUCGCGCGAGGAAGCUCGAGGACAAGGUACGCAUGCAGAGGAUGGUGACGGUGUGUCUGCACUUCCUGCCGCGCUCUGCUCCUUCUUUGGAUCUGCGGAAGAAGAAAACGUCGGCGCAGUCGAGGAGCCGAUCGAGGGAAGCGAGAAGAGCGAGAGGCGUUUGAGGCGACGUCUCCUCCUCCUGGCCCUCAGUGACCUCGCGCUCUUUGCGCCUGUUGUCCAGAGCUUUUUAUCGGCGUUUCAGGGCCACAGUUUGCUUUUCUUGGCUCUGCUCUCGCAGUUCUUGUCUAGCGUUUCGUUCUCGCAAAGUCGAUGGUCCGGCGUUGUUCCAGAGGGGAGCGACGAGGCGCCUGCACAGCCCCGGAAGCGGCGAGAGGACGAGGAGACAUCUGGCGCGGAGGCGGCGUGCAGUGUCUUUCCAGCUUCUUCGUGUGUCUCGUCUCGCCUGUGGAGCCCGACCGAGGCUUGUGAGCUUCUCGCGUCUUCGCCGCUUCGGCAGCAAAUCGAAGUGAAUUUGGUGGAUUUGUCUCGCGCUCUGCUGGCGCAGGCGGGGCGGGGCACGGAGAAACGCAUGCAGAAAUCCGAGUCGAAGGCGAGCGCGAAAAAGCGGGAGGAAUGCGCAGACAUGCGAGACAGCGAGGAGCGAGAGAAGGGCGCCGAGCGGCGUUCAGACGCGACAUGUGUGGGCCUCCUCGUUGUCCCUCUGUGGCUGUCGGUGCACGGUCGAGCUGAAGUCCGCGAAGUUCGCGAGGCAGUUCACCUGCUUCUCAACGAGCUGUUGUCUCUGUUGAAAAAGAGUCAGAAGGCGAGGGAGAAGACCUCGCAGAAAGCCAAGGCCGAGACGGGGGCUUCAGGCGUGUCUCCGAGUCUCCUGAAGCUCUGGUGGCGGCGCUUGGCCCACCUCGGGCUCCUCAGACGCAUGCAAGAAAACGAGGAGGGCGCCGGCGGCAGGCCGGAAAACCUGAAGAUGCACUUCUUUCUCCAGGCCGUUCUGCAGGACGCCGAGAGCAGCUGUCGAGAAUUUCUUUCUCUCUUCCUCUCGGGACUCUCCUCGGCAUCCUCGGCUCUCCGACCGUCCCUCCCGUCGUCCCAGGCGAGUCAUUUGAGGGCCGAAGGCCCGCCAAGCGCAGUCGCGAGUGUCGAACACUUGGUAUUCCGCUCUGCUGUCACGACUGCGUCCGACGGUGUCUCCGCGCUUCUCUGCUUCGCUCUCGCAUGUCUCCUUCCUGCCGGGAAGACGCAGCAGGCCUUCGGGGGCCUCCUGCGCCGCGGGCCGCCCAACCGCCUUCUCCCGGCGCUUUUGCCGGCCCUCGAGAAAGAAAUCGAGGCAUUUGUCGCGGCGUUCGGCUCCAGCGAGUGCCCCCUCGAACGCGAGAAGUCGAGGUCGCCGUCCUUUCAGUCUGCGCAGUCUUCGCCGCCUGCGUCGCCCUCCUCCUUUGCUUUCGCCUCACCUGCGCCCGCCUCACCACGGGAUGCGGUCUGGGCGCCGUCCACCGUUUCUCCGAAGCCUGCUUCUCUGUCACCGGUUAUCCAGCUCGGUUGGCAUUUGCUCGGCACUUUGAACGCUUCUUCUCUCAGUUCCGCUGCCGUCCUGGGACCUGCCGCUGUCAAGGCGCAGCCACUGCAAGGAUCUCUACCUACCUCACGGCUUUCCCCCGACGAGAGCAAGCGUCUCGUGUCCAGCUUUCUUCUGCCUUUCCUGCGAGCUCUCUCUUCGCCUGCACCGGCCGCUAGCCUGCGUUCCUUCUACCUGCGGCCUGGGGAGGCGCCCUUCUCCGGAGAGUCUUCUGGCUCCUCGUCCCGGUCUCUGCCGCUGGACUUCGAAGUCGCCCAGGCCGCCGAGGCUGUGAUUGACGGUGUUUUCUCCUCGGGGCUUCUUCCGGACCUUCCCGACGAUCUCUGCGUCAGCCUCGUCCUCGCGGUUUUGCGUCUCGCCUCGACGACGCCGCAACUCGCGGCGCGACUGCGGCUUCAAGACGAGGCCCUCGAAAUCCCCGUCGAGGGGCGUGUCUCCGCGGUCACCAGUAGGGCUCCACAGAAGGCGGGUCCGCGGUCGGAGGCGAUGGUAUCCGUCGCCACACUCGUGCGACUCAUCCAGGCUAUAGGAGCGGAGGACGGCGAGGGAGGCGCGCCGCCCGUGGAAAGUGCAAGCAUGCGCGUUGGCGCAAGAGACGCUCUCCUCGCAGAUUUUGUUGAGACUCAGCUUCAAGCACGAUCGUCGCUCGAGGGCUCCACGGCUCCGCAUCACGGCCAAAGAGGCGCGAAGGCCGUGGAGAGGAAGCAGGCAGCCAGCGACACCCGCAAAGAGGUGGAACGCCUCGCCAGCUGCGCCCUGGAGAAAGUGGAGGCAAUUCUCAACUGGUUUCUAGUGAGCACAAAGCGAAGUGAGGACGGCACGAACUCUGCUUGCAACGCCUCCGCGAAAGAAGAAGGAAUGGAAGAAGCUGCGACUCGACGUACUCUGGAGAGCCUCCUGAGUAUGUGUGCGGCCGCCUGCAGCGCAGUGGGCGCCGGGGAAGCGGAACUGGCGAGAAGGAAGAACUCUCCGAAGGCGAACAGGCAUAGUUCGGCCAGUCGUCUUGAAGUAGCAGGAGACCGAUUCGACGCGGGACUCCCAGCCCACGAAGAGGCUCUGCGCGGCCUCGCGUCCGUUUCCAGUCUCCUCGCUCAGACGUAUUCCGCAGGCCGAGACGAGUCUACCACGGCUUCUGACUCGAAGAGAGACGGGAGGGACGCAACGCGCGGCUUCACAUCCUCUCUCGUCUCGCCUGGUCUCCUCGCGGCGUUGCUCCGGAGUUGCGCCUCGGCGUCGGAAAGAGUCACCCUCGCAGUGAAAGGAAGAGACAAGACGUCUGCGGACCUGCGGGUCUCCUCGCUCCAUCGCGCCCUCCUCGAUCUCCUGCACAAGCUGGGGGGCGUUCUCGCCCGCGCGAGCCUCACGAGUUGUCGCCUCGUCGUCGCGCCUCUCGUCCUCUCUGCCAUCCGCGGCUACCUCCCGUCGCUCUUUUCUGCCCUCGACUGUCUUCUCUGUCUCCUGAGGGGCGGCGAGAAGCCGCACGGCACGGAGACGCUUGAGGUCCAGACGCCGAAGCCUCAGGCGUCGGCGAGACUCGCUGAAGAAGACCGACGCGGACGCGAAGUGAAGAAGGAAGUUGUCGGUCUCGUUCAGAUGCUUGUCGAGCCUCUCUGCGCAGCUGCGUUUCAGUGCCUGCGCGAGCAAGAAAAGGAAGGAAACGGUGAAACUGGCGAGGACACUGUUGUUCCCCAUAGCGAGAGAGUUCAGCGCCAGGCUGCAGUCGGAGAACUAGUUGUGGCUCUCGGCGCCGCGCUCGGCAGAGAGGCCCUCGUAGCGGGGUGCCUUGUGAUCUUGGUCAGAUGGGAGGCUGCUUCCCUAAAACGGCAAGAGGACAAGAAGGAACGUGACGAAGCGGCAAGCGCCUCAGAUGAAGCAGAGGAAGCAGAUGAAGCCGAGGACGAGGAAACCCCGCAGCCAGCGGUCGCGACAGAAGGUGAAGGCGACUCAGACGACGAGGUUCUUCUGGACAGAAAAGCGAGAAGAGAACGCAGAAAAAGCGAGCGAUUGGGAUGGGGCAGCCGGCGCGCGCUGCUCGAGCGCCUGAAGGAAAUUCUCGAAGCUGCCUCCGGCCCCGAGAAGCCUGCGUCUUUCGGCAGCCAGCUCCUCGCUCACGCUCAUCUCGCCACCGGAGCGGUCGCCCUGCAGUGCGAAGCGAGAGAACAACUCUUGCCGAAGAACGCCUCACCAGGAAAAGGACCGCAAACCGCAGCAAGCAAAGAACCAGAACAAGACAAGGGAGGAAACGGACUCGCAGUGACAGCAGACGGAGGCCUUCUGUCGCGGAACUUGCCGAGUUGUGUGGCGGAGAGAGUGACUUACGUGCGUCAAGGCUUAUGCGACCCAAAGAGACGCGAAACAUUUGCUUCGGUGCGUUUCUCUUUCUCUGAUGGUUCCGGAUCCGCGGCUGAAGGACAUCCCGCAGAAAUCUACUGCCGGGCGGCGAGCACGGCGGUGCUUCUGGUGUAUGAGCAGCUGAAGAAGGAGGGCCUUCCGAACCUCGAGCGCGUAGGUGCUCUCUCGUCCACCGCAUUUGUUCUCGCCGGCGAGGGCGAAGAAGAAACGCAGGCGACGCAAGAACUCGUCGAGGCGCUCCUCAGUGUCAAGAUUCUGGCGGAGCGGCGCUGGCUGUCGGGCGCGGCGUCUCUCUCUCGUUCUGCAAAGAAGAGAAGAGAAGUCGAAAACGCAAGUGAGGAGACAGAACUUGAACAGCGCGUCUUUGCUGAGGAGGCGAUUCUCAAGCAGCGUGCAGAGCUUCUCUUGGAGAGCAUCAUCAGGGCCCUGUCGCCGCUUGUUGGGUGCAUGCGACUCGCGCUGGGCUGUCUGGGAGUCCGACACUCGUUUUUCGUGAGCUUGGAGUCGGGAGAGGAGCUCCGCAGAAGAUUCGUGGAAGCGAAAGCGGGGAGAGGCGAAGAUCCCCAAGGCGACCUGACGCUCGCCUCGCGUCGCUCCUCACUGACAGAGAGCGACGAAGAAAUUGAAACUUCUGGAGACUCGCAGCCGUCGAUUCACCUGCUUCUCCCGUCCUUCCCCUCUCCUCCUCUCUUCUCUUCGGCCUCUUCGACUUCUCUUCCCGAGACUGCACGCCUCCUGCUCGCGGGGGAGGCAGCGCAUGCAGCGGCGGAGGCUGUCGCCGAGGCCGACAGCUUCGCUCGCGCUCCCCACAUGCAGACAUCGAGCUGCGACUUUGUUUUCUUUUCUCUGCUUUUCCGCGGCCUCGCCAGCCACCUCGACAGCUGCCUCGGCGCUCCAACAGAGAGUGUACUCGCACUCGACGGCGGCAAAAAAAAGCGACGAGACGACUCCCGCAAAGGCACAGAAGACAGACUCUGGACUACCCUGUUCGCUUCUUCUGCGUGGAGUGAGGCGUCCUUGACGGCGCCGUACGCGCUGCUUCUCGCGCUGAUCGCAAAGCGGCUGCUGGACCCCUCAGCUCGCUCUUGUGAUUCGUCUCUGCCUGUGACGGCCGCAGGUGUUUCAGCCUGGCAACUCGUCACGCGUCUCUCCCGCCUCGCCGGGGGGUAUGUGCCUGAGGCCUUCCGAGAUGGUGCGCUUCCGUCUAUUUUAUUGACUCUGAAAAAGGCGUCUGCCCGCAUCCCGUCUCUGGCCCUUGAGCCGUCCUCUGGGGCUGCGCAGGCGAAUCUGCGGAGCCUCGUGGCGCUCGCGACCGCAGCCGCGCGAUCUCUCCUCGCACUCACCCUGACCUCUCAAGGCCGGGCAGGCGAGAAACAUGGCGCGAACAUGGGCCAGAAGACGUCGCGAAGUUUGCAUGCAGCUGCGUUGUUUCUUGCCGACUUCAACACGCUCUUUUUCCGGCUCGCGGGCCUCCUGCGGAAGCUGCUUCCUUCACUCCUUGAUGACGCCGCGCCCCAGGACGGCCGUGAAGCAUGCGCCCGACUGAUGUGGAUCCAGGACGUUCUCAAUCGGCUUCUUCUUGUCCGCGACUCUCGAAUUGCGGAGCUCGCCACUUGCCUCUUGGCUGCGCUUCUCGGUCUCCUCCAGCGGGUUGGAACGGACUUCUUUUUGCCGCAUGCGUCGACGCUCAUUCAUGCCACCCUCCUCAACCCAUUGCUCGUCUCGGCGCUCUCCCAGGAUGCUUCUGAGGCUCUGCCGUCUCCUCGCUUGUCUCUGAAGGCUCUCGCGGCCCCCGAGAAGACGAAAAGCGCGACUGACAGCGGGAAACUUGCCUUGGAUUGCAUGCGCCGACUGGCAGCGCCGCGCGCCUUCUGCGACGCCUCCCUCCAGUUCUACAUGGUCGACGCGAGUGUGGACCUGCCGCGUGUGCGGCGUCUUGCGAGCGAAGUCCUGGAGCAGAGCGCUCGACAGAACUCGGCCUUUGGCUUUUCUUCUUCCAUCUUUGGAAAGCGCGAAAAGGUCGCCCCCCAGCGGCUGGGCCAAAAGGGCCGCAGGGCCUUCGAUGCGGAGACCCCCGACGACGCCGUCUGGAGAGAGCGACCUGCCGUGGACACGAUGCUCUCGGCGCUCGCCGCGGAGCUCGCAACGUCGAUGCGGCUCCAGGCCACCAUCACGCUGCUUCUGCCUUCACUGCAUGGCCUCCUUGGGAAGCAGAAGAAAGCCGUCACUUCUGGCGAAAAGAAGAGGAAGGAGAAGGCGUCGAAAGCAGGCAGCGAGAGGUCGGAAGGCCUUGACAUAGAGGACGAAGACUGUGUCUUCUCGAAGCGCGGCCUCCAGGACUUCCAGGCUUCGCAAGCCAUCAAACUCUUGGGUGCGGUGAUUGGAGCCCAGCCUCAGUCGAGAGCCGACGCCAAGCGCCCCGUCCUCACCAAGCUCAUGGUGCAUCUCGUUCAGCUGUGUCUCUCUCGCGCCGAGGACUCCAGUGCCUGCGCCGCGCGUCUCUUCGACAAAGAGAAGAGAGAAGAGAAGUCAGGGAAGAAGGAAGCAGACGGACGCAUGCUGCAUGCAGAGCGUCUCGCGGAGCAGAUCUUUGGAGGCCAAGUCCACGACGUGCACCGGCAGCUGCUCUGGGGACCCGAGAGCGGAGACAGCCGCGACCUGCUCUCGAACGAUUUUGCCGAUGACGAAGAAGAGCAGAACGCUCGUGACGAGGUGCAGAAGGAGACGAAGAAGCGACUGCGAGACGAGGGCAUGGUUCUCAAAUUCGAGGACGGGGAGAGAGAAGAAUUCUCACAGAAGGCGUCGCUCCAUACCAUUGAACAAAGCGUUCGGUUGCUCCCGCCUGCGGCCUUCGCCCCGGCGUACCUACAUCGCGUCGAAGCCGCGCUCUACUGUGCUUUCCGCAGCUGGAGCCAGAAGCUGAGCAUGCAGCAACUCCAGGCGUUCCUCCAGUCUCUCCUGCGCUCUCUGCGAGGCCCCAAAAGGGCGCUCCUGCAGCCGUCGGCCGAAGAGGAUGAGGCGAGUGACAUCUCCAAGGAAACGGAAGAGACACAUUCCGCUCAAGGCACAGACGACGAGAUCGAGCGAGAGGCUUCGAAGAAGCGGAAGGAGAAGACAGGAGAGAAACGGACAGAGAAAACGCUGACGACGCCUGCGUCGGGCUUCUCCACUAGAGAGAUCUGUGGCACACGGCUCCUCGUUCUCUUCUACACAGCAGCCGUCAGAGACUUCGGAUCUGUCGGAGGCGUGGAAGCGCUCCUCGAGGACUUGCUUGCGGACUUCCAGAGUGCCCUGGCCGCAUGCAGAGAUCAGGCCCUCGCUUUGGUCGACGCCUCCAAGGAGUCGGGUGAGAAGAGAGGAAAGACUGGGAGCGGUUCUCGAGGGCGAGUGCUCGAGUCCAGCGCCACCUGGUUCUGGUUCGAGUUGGGGAUGCCAAUCCUCCUCUCCCUCAUCGCCUCUCUCCGGAGUUGGAAGAAGGACCUCAGCGGUGCUCUGCCUCCGUCGCUGUUCGAGCGUCUGCUUACCUGCGUCCUCGACGCUUCCGAUGUCCUGGCGGUUUUGCCUCGUCUCCACCUUCCUGGAUACUCCUCGCGAGACGAGGAGCGAUUCGGCUCAUACUCGGAUAUGUCAGGCGAGAGCGAGGCGCGGCGCAAACGGGCGCAAGCUCAGCGGCUUUCGAAGCUGUGGUUCUGUGCCCUCCGAUCCCUUGUCACAAGUCUCUUUGAGCAUGCAUUUGGCGACAAAACGCGAGUCGAGGAAUUGAAUUUGAGCUUGCUCGAGAAGGUCCGCAGCUGCGGCAAAGCAAACAUGCACUUUGCCGCCGCGCGGAUUUACCUCCACCUCUGGAAGCGCCUAGGCGUCGCCAUGGUCGAUACACUCAAUGAUUCCCUGCAGACUCUUGUGGAGCUUCUCGAGAGCCCAGACGACGAAGUCGAGAUGGCCACUCGGGAGUGGGUCAAAGCGAUGGAAAAUCUGACUGGAGAGUCGCUUGACGAAAAGCUGAAGGCUUAGGACGAAACGCGGAAACGGGAGAAGAAUUCGAGACGUUGAAAACCUGGUCGAGACUUCGCCGGGAGUAAACGAAAUUCGACCAGGAGAAUGUCAAAACACCAUAUACACAUGGUAGAACGGGAUUUCUAGGUUCGUUUAUGAAAUCCGUUUUUCUGAAAGUAUAGACUACUGGCUUACAUCUUAAAGGUCUUUGUUUGCACUGCGUUGCAGGAGGUCUCAGUUCAGGAACGUGCUGUUUACCCUGUCAUAACGCGCGAGCCUCCAAUUUCUGUCCAGUUUUGAGAAUCCUUCACUGGCAACUCACCACUUUGGUUUUGGAGACUUUGUUGUCUACGUCGGACACGGCGCUUGCCUGAUCUUCAGUGGUAUAAGCGAAUUCAGAUUCAAGCUGUGAGACUGUG